UCUAAUUCUAAUUUUAUUAUAUUACUCAAAUCUAAGAAUAUGCCUAAACAAGUAAUCCAUGCAAAAGAAGAAAAUAAUGCAGCCGCUCCACGGCCCUUGAAUUGCUUCUUGCUCUAUCGUAUUGAAAAGCAAAAGGAAAUCGUCGCUAGAUGUCCUGGCGCAAAUCAUCGUGAUAUCUCCAAGAUUAUUGCUAAAUGGUGGAAAGAAGCUACAGAUGAAGAAAAGCAGCCAUUCCGUGAACAAGCACGAAUCGCAAAACAAGAACACCGCAAGAUGUAUCCCGAUUAUAAAUACAUGCCUAAAAAGAAAGACACUCCCAAGCGUCCUUACAACCGUAAAUCGCAUUCGGACAAGUUCACUUCACUCUCUGAUGAAAAUAACAAAUUUAUGGAAAUGAUUUAUGAAGACGCUGAUGCUCUCAAAUCUGCCUCUAAGCUUAAGGAAACUGCCUCUGCUCCCAAGAAACGAACUAGGAAGGUAUGCAAGAAGGUCACCAAGAAAGAUUCUCCAAUUAAGCUAGAAACUGUUGGUUUUAGUCCGCCCUAUACACCUUCAAGCUUCAACUCUCCUGAAUGCUAUAUACCAUCUGAGUUUUCCACCAGUCUUUUUAGUCCCGGUGCUGGCCCUACAACUCCUAUGUCUUUGGAAGAUCACGAACUAUUUGAACCUGCUUUCUCUAUCCAAUGUGAAGCAUUUGGCAUGCAUCCAGAAUCAUCCUUUGCUACGUUCACUCCACACACCGAAUCACCAUCAUCCCCUAUCUGGUCUAUCGGCCUUGUUGAUCACUUUUCUGCUCUGGAUAUAUCUCCUCUUAUGCAACAAUUAAAUAGUCAAGAAAUGUAUAUGCAACCCACUGCUGAGCAGUUGGCCUGGGACGAAUUAAAUACUAAUGGCAAGUAUAUUAAUCCUUUUAUCAACGGCCCUAUGUAUCAAUUGGACAUGCUGACAUAUGAACCUACACAAUAUAUUAAUCCUUUACUCUUACGUACCCACUCCAGCACUUUGUAAUACUAUCCUUUCUUUUUUUCCCAUUGUUCUUCUCUCUAUGUACACUAUGACACGACUGGUCGUUUUUUCUUAUGUUAUUUUAUAGAUUAUUUACAUAUGAACCCUUCUUUUUUAUCGUCUCUCUCUUUCUAUUUAACGUCAUUAUAUAUAUUUAUAUUUCUAUUAUUGUUUAAUAAGAUACCACGUAGACUAUAGAAAAUAAAAUUAUCCCAUUUAUAAUAAA